CCCAAUUUCUAUGCCGAAGGGCGCGUUAUUGGCGGUCUCAGCCCCGUCUCCUGCCGCCUCUCCCCACGGCCCCAAGGGAGCUGGCUCCCGCGGCGGGUCUCAGAUCGGGUGGAUCUAGGUGGGAUCGGGGUGAAGAGCGGGGGCCGGGCGGGAGUUUCCCAGAACUACCCCACAGACCGACAGUCGGGAGACUCGAGCCCACGGCGGGAGCGCGGCGCAGACACACGCCCGGCGGGCACUAGCGAUUCACAGACAGGAGCGCAGACUCUCCUCCCCUCCCCCGAACACACCCCCUCCUCUUCCCCCAACUCCUCACCGCACGCCCCCCGCGCCCCCGCCCCGCGCUCCACCUUUCCCCUGGCUCCUCCCUUGACGCCCGCGAGCACCCUCCCUCGCAGCCCGAGUGCCCUUCCUCCCUGCCUCCUCUCCCUCCUCCACCCCUUCCCCCACACUCCUCCCUUCCCUGCCCCCUCUUCCCUUCCCCCGUUCCUUAGCUCCCACUUUCCAUCACCUACUCCGGCCGACGUCCCUGCAGACCUUCACCUGCCCGCCUAACCCCGCUGUGCGCCUCCCGCGACCCAACUCCAGGUCACCCUUGCCCCCUACCUCCCCCACCGGGUGCCCCACUGCUCCCCUCCCGCUUCCUCGCUCCCCUCCCCCUCGAGGGCGCCGCUUCCCCGCUCCCGCUCCCUCCGCGUCUUUUCCUCUCCCCUCCCCGCGAAGUUUCGGGGCUGUCAGUCUGUCAGUCUUUCGGGCGGUCCGCACCCGAGGCGGUCCGCGCCUGCAGGCAGCGGGCGCCAUCGCUAGCGAAGCCGGCCGGGCAGGAGGCCGGGGCGCCGGGGUCCCGGCAGCAGCGGGGAGACCCGGCCGGCAGCCCGCCAGGUCCGGGCGGUGGAGGCGCCCAGCGGCAGGCGGCUCCGCCCGCUUCCCCUUGCACACCGACACUCUGUCACUGCCCGCUCCGCGCAGGGUCUGUGGCCCUGUCCCCAGGAGGAGGUCCCCUGGGUUGCCAUGAGAGAGACUUUCGAAGCCCUCAGCUCCCUGGGAUUCUCUGUGGGACAGUUGAAGAUGGCCCCCCAAAGUGAGCCUGGGGAAGGGUCCCAUAAUGCCCAGGAGCAGAUGUCCCCUCCCAGGGAAGAGAGAGCCCUGGGCACGUGCAAGGGGCACGAGGCCCCCAGAGUGGAGGAAGGCGCCCACACUGAACAGGCUGAGGCUGCCUGCAGAGGAGGCCAGGCGCGCACACCACAGAAGUCUGAGCCCAUGGGCUCCUGCCCAGGGGAGGAGUGGAUGAUUCGGAAGGUGAAGGUGGAGGAGGAGGAUCAGGAGGCAGAAGAGGAGGUCGAAUGGCCCCAGCAUCUGUCAUUACUCCCCGGCCCUUUUCCCACGCCUGACCUGGGGCCUCUCGCCGCCGCAUAUAAGCUGGAGCCGGGCGCCCCAGCGUCAUUGGGUGGGCUCGCCCUGGCGGGGUGGGCCCCGGCCUCGGAGAAGCCCUAUGGCUGCGGGGAGUGCGAGCGGCGGUUCCGGGACCAGCUGACCUUGCGGCUGCACCAGAGGCUGCACCGCGGCGAGGGCCCCUGCGCCUGCCCGGACUGCGGCCGCAGCUUCACGCAGCGCGCGCACAUGCUGAUGCACCAGCGCAGCCACCGCGGCGAGCGGCCCUUCCCGUGCUCCGAGUGCGACAAGCGCUUCAGCAAGAAGGCCCACCUGACCCGCCACCUGCGCACGCACACCGGCGAGAGGCCCUACCCGUGCACAGAGUGCGGCAAGCGCUUCAGCCAGAAGAUACACCUGGGCUCGCACCAGAAGACGCACACGGGCGAGCGACCCUUCCCCUGCACUGAGUGCGAGAAGCGCUUUCGCAAAAAGACGCACCUGAUCCGUCACCAGCGCAUCCACACGGGCGAGAGGCCCUAUCAGUGCGCGCAGUGCGCACGCAGCUUCACGCACAAGCAGCACUUGGUGCGGCACCAAAGGGUGCACGAGGCGGCCGGCGGCACGCCGCCCUCUCCCGGCGCGCCCGCCUCGCCGGGUUCCCCUGCCCCGUCUCCCACCCCCUCCUCUCCCGGGCCUAAGCCUUUCGCCUGCUCCGACUGCGGCCUGAGCUUCGGCUGGAAGAAGAACCUCGCCACGCACCAGCGUCUGCAUCGCAGCGAGGGGCGCCCCUUCGGUUGCGAUGAGUGCGCACUGGGCGCCACCGUAGACCCCGCCGCUGCCGAGCCCUUGGCCUGCGUGCCCCGAAGCACACCGGCACCCCAGGGCGCUCCCGCAAGCGAGCGGUCCUUCUUCUGCCCGGACUGCGGGCGCGGCUUCGCCCACGGGCAGCACCUGGCGCGGCACCGGCGGGUGCACACCGGCGAACGACCCUUCGCCUGUGCGCAGUGUGGCCGCCGCUUCGGCUCGCGGCCCAAUCUAGUUGCCCACGCCAGGGCCCACAGCGGCGCCAGGCCUUUCGCCUGUGCGCAGUGCGGCCGCCGGUUCAGCCGCAAGUCGCACCUGGGCCGCCACCAGGCGGUGCACACGGGCAGUCGGCCCCACGCUUGCGCCGUCUGUGCCCGCAGCUUCAGCUCCAAAACCAACCUGGUCCGCCACCAGGCCAUCCACACGGGCUCCCGUCCCUUUCCCUGUCCGCAGUGUGGCAAGAGCUUCAGCCGCAAGACUCAUCUGCUGCGGCACCAGCGCAUCCAUGGCGAGGCCGCCCACCCCGCCUCCGAUGCUGACCUCGCGGCCCCCGCCUGGCCCACUCCCCCCGAGGUGGGGGCGCCCCCGCUCUUCUUCUGAGCCUCGUUCUCAUCAGGACCCUUCCUUGGCCCACUGGUUCGAGAGACCCAUGCCCGAGAUCUGGGCGGUAGAGGACGGUGGCCUGGACUGCUCCCGGAAGGCCUAGGCCCCUGCCGGCCAUUUUCCUUACCUCUCAAUCUUGGGGAGAAGUCCGGAAAGGAUAACGAGCUAAGGAGCUUUGACAUUCUAUGACAGAGACAAGGCUAAGAGUGAACCCUUGCUGGGAACAGUUCAGGCCUGAGUCCUUGGAAGACUCCCACCCAGAGACCCCUUAAGAAAGCAGACAUUUCCCGGACGGCCCCUGGCCAAGGACUGACUGAGUCAGGAACUUCUACAGGGGGAGGGAAAGAAUGCUUAUCUGUGUACUUAAGUAUCAUUAAAAUUACAGUCUG